AUGGCUGACUCUGGUGGCUACAGCAGUGCUGUGGAAGAUCAGCUGAAAGACGUCCGGCAGAUCCAAGCUACCCAAAGAGCUUUUGCUGCCAUUCGGGGUGAUGGGUCUGUUGUGACCUGGGGACAUGCUGAUUUUGGUGGCGACAGCAGCGCUGUGCAAGGCCAGUUGCAGGAUGUGCAGCAGAUCCGAGGUACCCACGUGGCCUUUGCUGCCAUUCUGGGUGAUGGAUCUGUUGUGGUCUGGGGAAGGGAUGGCUAUGGGGUCAUCGAAAGCACUGUGCAAGAGAAGCUGCGAGACGUCCGGGAGAUCCAAGCUACCGAAGGUUCUUUUGCUGCCAUGCUGGGUGAUGGGUCUGUUGUGACCUGGGGACCUGCUGACUCUACAUCCCCCUUGGGAAUAAUUUUUCAUUUUGUUUAUACAAAGCCCAAGAGGAUAUUUUUUCCCCUAAACCCUAAACCCUAA